AUGCCUCUCCUUUCCCGAUUGCUAGAUUCGAAGAACGAGGCGUCGACGACGCGUGGCCCCAAGUCAGAGCGCCGUAAGCGUUGGAGCUUUGUCCCAAAACGCCUCAGCUUCUCCCAGAGAGCACCUGACCAGUCUCACCCGCAGCCAAGCGUACGUGCGUCGCUGGAGAGCGUGACCAGCGCAAAGCACGCUACAGCCCGUCGCUCGUUCGAGCCCUCGCCAGGCGUGCGUGCCUGGGACACGACAUGGCCACUGGGCACUGGCGCGAAUGCCAAGCUUUAUGAAGCGCCAGAGAUCAUCGUUGCACACGAUGAAGGUGCGCCUGAACAAGCUACGGACGAGGCGGAGCAGAAGACGGAGAAACCCUUGCCGGAGGUCGUACCAUCGGGCGAUGCUUCCGAUGGCUUGGCAGUCGUAGAGGCUACGACAGCCUCGGACGCCACAAUACUCGUCAAGCCGACGCCCAUUGAGGCGCCGAGCGUCCCGCCAAAUGGAACGCCGAGCACGCCGGAAGAAGUACAGAACGUGUACGACAUGAUGGUCCAGCGUCUGAAGACGAUCACAUUCCUCAAAGCGGUGAUCAACGGCGAAGAAACAUACGUGUACUCGGUGCGAUUCAGGUCGGAGGAUUUGCAGGCGGCCGUGACUGAGGAGGCGUUGCAUAUGUGGUACGAUAACAGCGUUCGUGUAUGUGAGCCGCUGGAGCAGGCCUAUACACUGACGUGGCCUCAUGAAGUGCUGGAGUGUGCCACGACGCUUAUCCAGCAAGUCACACAGCAUCAAUCGUCAGAGGACGAAAAGGCAGCGGCCACGCAGGAUGAAGCAGCGGCCCAGGAACGUCCCCCCCUGGAUAUUGUGUGCGGCAUCACGCGCCUUCUCGAUAUAUUGUAUGCGAUCUACGCGAAGCUUCUUACGUGGCUGGAUCAAGACGCGCUAGCAUCGCUUGCGGAGGGCACAUGCACGACGCCGGUCAUUCCUUCGACAGAGUUGCUGGGCGUGCUGGAGCAGACCGACAACAAGCUGCGGAAGUUUAUCAAGUGCAUUGCGAAAGAUUUGUCCUAUGUCGCACGAUGCAUCUCACAGCAUGAGAUGCAGGAAUGGGACAAGAUUCUAUGUGACCGACAGCUUGAUUGGGAUGAGUUGUCGAUCCAGCUACAGAAACGGUCAGAGCGCCUGGCGCAGGAAGCCCCGGCGCUCAAAGAUAUGGUCGGUCUUGGAUCACCUGAUACGGCGGACAUUGCCCUGCUGGAUGCCAUGAUGGUCGAGCAGGAUGUCCAGGAGAAAAAGCCGAUCUUGUUCCGCCGUUUUCUGAAGCGGAAGGAUGUUCGUCGGCAUUCGAUACCGAUGGACUUGGUCGAGCGGAUGCGCCACACGUUUACCAAACGUUCUAGCCUAUCGAACGAUGCAUCUGUAGACGCUCAUGCAGACGGCGCGGCGACGGAGGUGGCGCCGGCGGUGCCUGCUGAGACAGCACCAGAGACGGUAGGAUCAGCUACACCAACAGUAGAGCUCUCGAGUGAGAGUGCACAGUCGUAA